AUGAAUAUCCUAGAAUGGGCGUUUGGCAAGCGCAUGACGCCGGCCGAGCGCUUGCGCAAGAACCAGCGCAUGCUGGACAAGGCCAUUCGAGAACUCGACCAGACGCGUGUCAAGCUGGAGAAGCAGGAGAAGACGCUGAUACAGCAAAUCAAGACGAGCGCUAAGAAUGGGCAGAUGGGCGCUUGCAAGAUCCAGGCCAAGGAUCUGGUGCGCACACGGCGGUACGUUGAGAAGUUUUAUGGCAUGCGUAGCCAGCUGCAGAAGAUUUCUCUACGGCUGCAGACCUACCGAACGAAUGAGCAGAUGAUGCAGGCCAUGAGGGGUGCUACGAUGGCAUUGGGCAGCAUGAACAAGUCCAUGAACCUGCCACAGCUCCAACGGAUUGCGAUGGAGUUUGAGCGAGAAAACGACAUCAUGGAGCAGAGGCAAGAGAUGAUGGAUGACGCCGUUGACGACGCCAUGGACGUUGGAAUCGAAGAAGAAGGCGACGAGGUUGUUGAGCAAGUUUUGGAAGAGAUUGGAAUAGACCUGAACCAGGCUCUCGGGGAGACCCCAACCGCUCUGGGCAAUUCUGCUGUGUCUGAGGGCAAGAUUGCGCAAGCUGUUGGCGCUGGAGGCGGAGGCGGAAGCGGUGACCCGGUCGAUGACGAUCUCCAAGCCCGACUCGACAGCCUACGAAAGUGAACAGGUCACGACUCAUUCACGAGCGGAAUAAGCAAAGAGGAGAUCUAUUAAUAGAAUCAAUCGUGCUUGAUUGGAACCUGCCAAGCCAAAAGGACGUCUCUCGAGAAUGUUUCUUCCUGAAGCAUUGCAUCCCGGCAUGAUGCAAGAGAAACAUUCGUAGAAUGAGGACCCCUAAAGAGGAUCGGAAAGUCUGAGGAUGUUAUUGAUAUAUAUACGCGGGGGGCUUAGACGGGAGUGAGCCAUGUCCGUUUUCUUGUUCGGCGCAAGAGGUGUUGAUGGCGAAUAUGAUUUACGAAUACACAAGCACACAUUUUUAUGCAUGCAAAUUCUAGUUGUUCUAAUGAUGCAGAAGAUGCCCGUCUAUCCCAACAGGAAUAAGGAAGAGAGAGCAUGGCUGAGGCACCAUUGGACUUUUGUGUGUCUUAUUUGGAUACACGGGGUAGGUAGGUGUUUUAUAGCGACUGUGUUUCAGGCCAA